GCGCUAACCAUAUCAAUCCACGAAAAUUAUUUGCUUCUGAUGACCUUUAGGCGCCUGAAGUUUUGCCUCCCACCGCCAUGGCCCUCUCAGUCAUCUUCCCCCGCAGAACGUUCUUCUAUGCCCUCGGAAACACCAUUGCAGAGAUAUUUACAGAAGGCUUACCGCCUGAGGAGAACGCCGACGUACUUUCCUUGGGAUGCGGUGACGCGAGGAAUAUACUCUACACCAUCUACGCAGAUCGCUGGGCUGGUCAGAGGGAAUUCGAUAUCACUUGUUGCGACAUCGAGGCAGCUGUGCUUGCCCGCAACGUACUGCUUCUUACUCUUCUCGCCGAGACCGACAAGGACAAUGACGCAGCCAUAUGGGACAUCCAAUGCCGGAAGCUCAUCGCCGCCUCUGAGUCCAUGGAGUCGUGGUUGCGCAGUAAUUACUCGACAUUUAUCAGACCUCGAUCUGAACACACGCUCCUCGACUUGCGAUCCUUCUGGAUACAAUAUGCCGAUUCGGCGUCCUCUAUUACCAGCGCUCUCAAUUCGCAGAUGCGCGAGGAUGUCGUAAUCUGGGUCUCGGAGGUUCUGUGCCGACAGGACGCGCGUGAUGUCCAGACUGCGAGCCUUUCCGCAGGUCCGUUCUCGUUGGAGAUGGUAAAGAGCGGACUGGCGCCUGAGCAUUACUUGCAUUACUGGAAGAACGGCGUAGUAGGAGGAGCCCCCGCAUCUCUGGCCACCACCAUCAACCCGACCUUCUACUAUACCAACCUCGGCAAAGGAUUCUGCUUGCACUACGGGUCGGACCCCAUACUAGGCUUCCAACUUGCCGGCCUCUUUGCUCCGAUCAAAGGACGCCUACCUCAACCCAGCAUCGCGGAUGUAGGCGCCUUCGUGAAGCAACAGUUUGGUCAUUGGUGCGGCGCGUUCAGAGCACGCCUCACGCUGCCCGUCAAAUUCAUGGUCCGUCCCUACGUCGGCGACGCCGUGUCCUUUAGUCGCGCAUUGGCUGGAGUUCGGGGACAGGCAGUGUCCACGUGGGACGCACGUACGAUUGCGCUGGAUGGUUGGGAGGAAAUUCCACCCCGGACGUUCAAGGUCAUCGAAACAUUCAACGUCGCUGAUCAUGUCGGCCUCUUCAACGUUCUUUCCGCGACUAUCCCCUUGCUUCGGCAAUCUCCAUGGUCUGUUCUUCACACGAACUUACUACUGCCGGCUGCCGGAACUAUCGACACCGCGCUUGUUGAGCGCCUAGGCAUCAAUCUCACAACGUUGUCAUUGCUCAUCGGCGUAGCACCUCUCUCGCUUGUCUCGCACUUCCUGGGGAAGGCGCCUCCAAGCUCACUGCUCAGUCGAAAGCAGCACCGGCGCCAGGUUUAUGCGUGGAAGUAUCCGGCAUCCGGAGAUCAGACCGCCUUUCAAAGCGGUGGGCUCCAGCUUACGCCUGUCGCCAUCGAGCCCGAAAGGCUCUGCGACAUCCUCUUCCAGCUGUAUCUGCACAUGUUCGCCUUCGAAAACGUCACCCAGCGAAUGAAAGAUGUCUCGCUGAAGGGGGAGGAUGCCUUCAAUGUCGUCCUAGACGUGCGCGCUAGCUUCGUUUCCUUCUUAAAGCUGGUUCAAGGGAGAGUGAAGACCGACUGGCCUCGCGCGAUGGACAAGCUGUUCGACACAAUCUACGAUGACAACUUGCUCAUCACGGGUCGGAACUUCUUCCAGGACUUCUCGACGCACGCGCACCUUCAAGAUGUGCAUCCGUACGGGGUGUUCCUCCCAGGCUUCAGAUGCGAUCCAAUGCGGCCGGCGUUGUUCACGCAAUGGCGUCAGACGCCUUUAGUUAUCUUCGUUAUCGUCCGUAUUCCUCGCUCGGCUUUCCAGGUGCUUGAGGAGUUGCGCCCAUUUGUCGGGACACCUAUACUGCAGUGCGAAUUCUUCGCCCCUGGGAUGUUCCAAAACGCCUUUACCAGCAUACAGCUGAUGCCCGGAGAAAUUGUGCGCGAGGGUGUCGGGGAGAGUACCGUCGCCAGCAUCGAUAUGGAUGACAGUCCAUGGAGAAGUAGCCAUGCGCCAGUCAUCUUGUCUGUGGCUGUUGCUUCGCAAUUCAUCGAGAUCGCACCAAGGGCCACAAGCGUGCGGCUUUGCGUCCGAGAGCCCCGAUCACCUCUUGCGUCCGUCCUCGACCGCAAGUUGCGCGUCCUCUACACUCGCCGCCCUCGGUCAUGUCCGGUACUUCAGCGGCGCGCUUCUCAAGAGCCUCAAGAGCUCCCUGAGUUUCCCGAGCCGUCUUCCGCGCCCUUCCCAUCAUCGGCCUCUUGUCGCCUCAAUAUGCUCGCGCCCGACACACGAUGCUAUCCCCAAAGCACACCAGCGCGUUCUGAUACACGCUGUCGCCACGCCAUACCUUUACCUGUCGCGCUGUCCGGUGCGGAUGACAAUGCGAUGAAGCAAUCUGUCACGAUCAACACUACCGCGUUUGGGAGACCGCGGCAACAAUGCCAAAUGAGGUCAGCGGCGCCAACACCACGGAUGUGUAGGACACGGGUCCUUCGCCUUCCGUACGAGACCCCAUGUCUCCCUCUCGUCGCCGAAAUACGACCUACUCCGAGGUCCCUUCUUCUCGACAAUCAGGACUCGCAGAGUCCACUUCCAGCUUCGAACACCUCGCGACAUACGAGACAGGACGUCCCCCGUCUAGUCUUUGCGGAAGGCACGGAGGUCCCCUCCCACUUCAAUGCUAGAGUGGAUUUCCUGUCCUCGACCGCCCGCAAUGCACUUGCUCCAAGGUCUGCCAAUGUCAAGGUCCAACAGCAUUCUCCUUGCUCGAUGAAGCUCCUGGUAGGAGAGGGCGGGAAGCUGGAGGAAACGAUCGUCUUUCCCUAUCCCGUCAACGGUCAGGAGGCUAAAGUUCGUGUCGCACGCACAUCAGGCUACGUCGAGGUCAUCGUGCGUAUAGCCAGUGCGCAGCCUGCCGCGACCCAAGGAGGUUACAGCAUGAAUCGCAUGCCCGUCAUCAUGUCCGGCGGGACGACGCACGCCUGGAAUCGGAGCUCAGUCAACCUCGAUAGGCUCCCCAUGCUGGACGAGCCGUGGUCUAAAGCGGAAAUGCACGGUUGGCUGCAUCCGUUAAUCUCGUCAACGUUCUCCGACCGAGAGCUGCAGCUGCAGCGGUCCUCGAACCAGAGCGACACCUUCGUGAACAUAAAAGACAGCAUCGGCAUCUGCACCUUUCACGCGUGUGGCGCUCUCGAUGGCAAGCGCUGGCGGGCCUUCACGUUGUACUCGGAAGGCGGGACCGGCGGGUACACCACCAUUCUCGUCAACGCCGUCCGGCUCGACCUGCCUUCACAAAGCGUCAUCCUGGAUACCUGCAUACUCCCUCUCACUCACGCGAUCAUGCCCGAGGUCAUGCCUGUCCUACAGAUCCUCCAUCGCGAUGGGUUACAAAAAGUCACUACGAACGACGAGGAAAGGACCGCCUGGAAGCGAUUCCUGCCCGCUUGCGUCGAGCGCUGUCGUACCUGGACGCACGCUCCGGACUGCGCAUACAUCACUGGCGCUAUACCUUUGUCUGUGCGUCCUGUCGAGAGCCCAAUCUGUGACUGUGGCCGCGGCAAGGACCUGCCCGACAGCCCAAUUAUGCAACUUUGCAAGCCCCUCUCUCACCUCCUCACCCGCGCGGCUAUAGGCCUCGUAUACCCUGUACCUUACCUGGAGGAUGUCGGUGUGAUGUUGAAGAAGAUGAUGGACGAGAUGGAGCGGAACGGCACUGUCAAGGUGAAGGAGACCUGCUGUGCGGUCUGUGGGUCUGGAGGGAAGGCGUUUCUGUGCAGUAGGUGCAAGAAGACUUACUACUGUUCGAGAAAAUGCCAGACGGGAGAUUGGAAGGUCCACAAGCACUUGUGCGAUGCCUUCGUGGCGUCCACAAAGUAA